AUGAGUUGUGCUAUUAAUUGUUUAUAUAAUGGUACAUGUUCACCUAAUAAUACAUGUAUAUGUCCACCAUGUUUUAUUGGUGCAGCAUGUGAAAUAAGUGUUAAUGUAAUCAAAUUUUCAUUAACAUUUGCAAUGUAUUGGGAUAUUGAACAAACUUCAAUUGAAUCAAAUUUUAAUAUUCCAAAAUUUGCUUAUACAUUUACUAUUGCAUUUAUGUUACUAAUAGCUCUAGUGAAUAAUAUUGCAUGUUUACAAACUUUCUUUUUGCAUGAUAUACGUUUAACUAAUUGUGGAAUAUUUCAAAUAUUAUAUUGUUUAACUGGUUUAAUUACAAUUCUUGGUAUGCAAUUAAGAAUGUUAACUAUGUUAGAAUUUGAUUCAUUGACACAAGCUUAUUCUUAUAGAUAUAUAGCAUGUAAUAUAAUACCUGUUAUUGUUAUUAUUACAAGUGAUACUUGUAUGUGGUUAAGUGCAUUAUUAGCAAUAGAAUUUGUUCUUUUAGAAUGUUUUAAUUUAAAUGUCUAUCGAUCUCGAUGGUUUUCUAUUAUAUCAUCAAUAUUAUGUUUUCUAUUAGUAGGUGGUUCACAUCUUCAUGAAAUAAUUAUUCGACGUCUAUUACCUGAUCCUUAUCAACCAAGUUCAUAUACAUGUACAUUUAUUUAUCCAUUACCAUUAGAUAUAAUCGAUAAAAUAUUUCGUACAAGUCAUAUUAUUAUUCCAUGUUCUAUACAUUUUAUCACUAGUAUUUGUAUAUUGACUAGUAUGACACGACGUAUUUUACUUGUUUAUAGUCGUCAUGAUUAUUUUCAAGUAUUUAUUAAUGAAUGUAUAAGACGUAAACAUUUUUUUAUUCCACCUUUAUUUAUUAUUUUAUCAAAUUUUCCACAUUUAAUUCUUCAUUUAAAAGAUUUAUGUGAAGAUGUACGAAAUACAACAUUACUUCGAAUACAUAUUGCUUUGAAUAUUCUUGUUUAUUUACCACCAUCAAUUACAUUUUUUAUCUAUAUUUAUCCAUCAAAAAUUUAUAUGUAUAAAUUUAAAAAAACAUUUCUAGGUCGUUGGUUCAAACAAAUAUUUACAACAUCAUAA